AUGCUGCCAUUCCGCUGCCUCUGGAUAUCUGAGUUCGGACGAAAGUCAAGGCGAAAUGGCCCUUCGCCGUCCGCUCCCCUCGCGGCCGUGGAACGUCUCUCUCUCCGCCGCGAUCCGGAAAAGUUUCUCGGAGGCGUGCCUGCGCGAUGCUCUCCGGCUCCCCGCACCUUCGUGGACCAGAUCCGUGCGGGCGGGAAUGCGGGCUCGGCCAGCUGCAGCCCCCGACCCAGCCGCAGCUGGGGGGCCGCCGCCCGCACCAUCUACGCAGCCCCCAGUCCCCAGCCCGCCCAGGCUCAUGCAGAAAACCUGGGGAGGCUUCCUGGACCAGCGCCGGCUGCUCGCCUACCUGACGCAGGCCCAGGGCCGCGAGGCGCGUCUGUGGCGGGGUGGCCAACUCCAGGUACCGGUUCCCUCGCGGGGCCCUCCCGGAAGCACGGUCAUCCCCCUCCCUCACGCGCGCACGGGACGAGGCCGGGCUCCACGUGCACCCGCGACCAGCAGGCGGAAAUUUGCGAAGCCUUCAGAGAAGUUGUGUUGUGGCUCCUGAGAGUGGAGAACAUCUUUGACUUCUCUCAGAACACUUUUAGCCUGGCUCUCACUAUCUUCAGCCGCCUCCUUGUUUCAGUAAAGAUAAAAAAGCAUUUACUCCAUUGUGUCACAAUUACUUCCUUGAGACUUGCUACAAAAGUUAAUGAAGAAGAGGAGUUAAUUCCACGCGUAAAAGACUUCAUAAAGCAUUAUGGCUCUGGCUAUUCCCCGAAUGAGCUCCUCAGGAUGGAGCUGGCUAUUUUGGACAAACUGCACUGGGACCUCUACAUCGGGACACCGCUGGACUUUCUGUUCACAGUAAGUACGAGGAACUUCCAGAGCCUACCCUGGACUCAUUGUGCCUUUGGAACAGCUGUUCACAAUAUAGGACGGCAAAGCACACGUCCUUACACAUGCAGCACAGUGACGUGA